UCUUGGGUUAACAGUGCUUGAUUUCUUCUUCCAAUCCUUCUCGAUUUCUUUUGACUGCGGUGGGCUCCGCUCGAUUUUCCGUCGGUGGCCUUUUUGUUCCACACCUACUGCAGUACUGCUGGCGAAGAGGCGACGCGUUACCAAUUUCUACAAUGUUAAAAGCGAAAGUAUUUGCCCUUUUGCCUCUGCCGUCCAUGGCUGACGAGUGAGAAAUACCAAUUGGAGCUUUCCUUUCUUUCUCACCAGGAUGGCACGCCUGUCCUCUUGCCUCUUAUUUUCCUCUCAUAAUUCACCACGAGUGGAAUUUCUGAGGCUCUCCAAUCUGGCUAUAGCGGUGGUGCUACUCGUUAGGUGGCUUCUGGUAACACUGGACAUGGAGUUCUUCACCGAGUAUGGGGAGGCGAGCCAGUUUCAGAUCGAAGAGGUCAUUGGCAAAGGGAGCUAUGGGGUAGUUGCUGCUGCAAUUGAUACUCACACUGGGGAGCGGGUUGCGAUAAAAAAGAUAAAGGAUGUUUUUGAGAAUGUCUCAGAUGCCGCUCGCAUUUUGCGGGAAAUCAAGCUUCUUCGGCUGCUUCGCCACCCAAACAUAGUCCAGAUCAAACACAUUAUGUUGCCCCCUACCCGAAGGGAGUUCAGAGAUAUCUAUGUUGUUUUUGAGCUCAUGGAAUCUGACCUGCAUCAAGUGAUCAAAGCAAAUGACAACCUGACUCCAGAGCAUCACCGUUUUUUCUUGUACCAACUCCUUUGUGCUCUCAAGUACAUCCAUGCAGCCCAUGUAUUUCAUCGUGAUUUAAAGCCCAGGAACAUACUGGCCAAUUCAGACAGCAAAUUAAAGAUUUGUGACUUUGGACUUGCACGUGCAUCAUUUAAUGACUCCCAUUCAGCUAUAUUUUGGACAGAUUAUGUGGCUACAAGGUGGUACCGAGCUCCAGAAUUAUGUGGCUCCUUUUUCUCCAAUUACACCCCUGCAAUUGAUAUUUGGAGUAUAGGGUGCAUAUUUGCUGAAGUUCUCACUGGAACUCCAUUAUUUCCUGGGAGGAAUGUUGUGCACCAACUAGAUUUAAUAACAGACCUCCUUGGAACACCAUCAAUGGAAUCCUUAUCCCAGAUUUGCAGUGACAAGGCCAGGAAAUAUUUAAUUGGCAUGCCGAGGAAGCCCCCUAUUCCCUUUUCUCAUAAGUUCCAUAAUGCUGAUCCUUCGGCUCUCCGUUUGCUUGAGCAUUUACUUGCAUUUGACCCUAAAUAUCGACCUACUGCUGAAGAGGCUUUAGCUGAUCCAUAUUUUAGAGGCCUUGCUAAAUUGGAAUGUGAGCCUUCAGCACAACCAAUUUCAAAGCUUGACUUUGAAUUUGAGGGAAGAAAACUAACAAAGGAAGAUGUGAGAGAAAUGAUAUAUCGGGAGAUAUUGGAGUAUCAUCCACAGAUGCUUCAGGAGUACAUUGAAGGUGAAGAACAGAUUCACUUCCUAUACCCAAGUGGUGUUGAUCGCUUCCAGCGACAGUUUGCUCAUCUUGAAGAAAACUACAGAAGAGGAGUAGCGAGUACUCCACUGCGAAGGCAGCCUACAUCUUUGCCAAGGGAGAGAGUUUGUUCAUCAGAAGAUGGCCAUAAUCAGGACUCUGGCAAUGAAGAGGGAAUAACAGCAUCCUAUGUUGCUCGAACAACCAUAAGCCCCCCAAGGUCACAAGGAGAGCGGCGUAAGAAUCAGUCUUCCUAUCACAGCGGCGAUUCCAUCUCCUGUGCAAAGAGCUAUUUGUAGAGUGCUGCUAACAUCAGUUCUUCCAGACGUGCCAUCAAAGGGAACAAAGGCCCAAAGGAGAAUGGAAUCUCCGUGGACGAGAAAGAGGCAGUAUAUGGACCAUUAGACAAGGUACCCAGGGUGCUCUCCUAGGACAGACUCAGAAGCCAUGAUACCAAUGCCACUGCAAUGCAAGAUUUGUAACAGGUAUCAAACAACGCAGGAGGCCCCCAGAUCGGUAGCAAAAUAAUAGCGCGCCAUCUAUAUCGACGCUGCUAGUUUCAGUAAACUACCCAGAUCAUAUGACAUUGCCCAAGCACCCUGUUUGGAGAAAUCGAAUCAUGUGGUGUACUGUUAACUUUUGAUGAAUUGAUGUUCAACUGCUAGAUUCUGGCAACUCUGUUGUGCACACUCUUCUUCGUUUAUUAGAUGUACUGUUUCUGAAGAACAAUAACAGACCUCAGCUGUGGUGCUACAUCUGUCUCUGAAUAAAACACUGCAUGUGGAUUCUGUACUGA